UUCGAUUUUAUGUCGCUAUUUCAUUAUACCUGAUGAUGAUUGCUUGUGUUGCAAUCGAAACGUCGUAUGCUAUUAUUUUUUUCUUUAUACGUGACUUUACCGAAAGAAACAAAGAAUAUUUUUUACGUAUUACUGUUUCCAAUGAAGCGCAGUUUCUGCACACUUUAUUUAGAUCACGCGGAGCACUGUAAAGUUGUUUUCGGAAAGGUGUUUGCUUGAGAAAAUAACAUCCGUUAAGGACAUGGACGGCGCUCAAACGGAACUACUGCAUCGUGAUGCGGCAUUCUGCAAUGCUCCAAAGUGAGAACAUUUCGUUGAUGAAGAAGAGUUGACGACUCGAGAUCAUUGCACGCUGCCAACCAAUCAGCACGCGCCCCUUCUUCGCACGUCACGACUCCGCUGACCAGUGAGCGCGCGCUCUGGGCUACAUAAGCCGCCUUCUCCUCCCCGCCUGUGAGAAUCUUUGCCCUCACCAAGCCAUGGCUCGCACCAAGCAGACGGCUCGCAAGUCCACGGGCGGCAAGGCCCCCCGCAAGCAACUCGCCACCAAGGCGGCCCGAAAGAGCGCUCCGGCCACGGGCGGCGUCAAGAAGCCUCACCGCUACAGGCCCGGCACCGUCGCUCUGCGCGAGAUCCGCCGCUACCAGAAGUCCACCGAGCUGCUCAUCCGCAAACUGCCCUUCCAGCGCCUCGUCAGGGAGAUCGCGCAGGACUUCAAGACCGACCUGCGCUUCCAGAGCUCCGCUGUCAUGGCUCUGCAGGAGGCCAGCGAAGCGUACCUUGUCGCGCUCUUCGAGGACACCAACCUGUGCGCCAUCCACGCCAAGCGCGUCACCAUCAUGCCCAAGGACAUUCAGCUCGCCCGCCGCAUUCGUGGCGAGCGCGCUUGA